AUGCAUCGAGGUGGUGCCCUUCCGUGGAUUCCUUUUUCGACCGCGCUCUGCGAGAGCAUUGCGAAGAAGGUUUUCCCGCGAGAGCAAUGCUCGCAAGGCGGUUGUGCUGAGGAGGAGGAGGAGGCUGAUUACGCGUCCAGGGUCCGAGAGAGGCUGAUGAAGGAGGUUUUGGAGCCCUUGAGGAAGGCCAUGGACGAAGGCUUUGAAGAUAUGUUUCCAAGAAAGCAGCACUCAUGUCCGAUUGAGAAGUAUUUGAAUGAUGUCAAAGCUGGUGGAGAGUCUAAGAUCAAUGUAAGUGCUAUUCUUCCACGUGAUAUCAUAGGCUACGUGAGUGAUAAAAAUUUCGGGCAACUGGUUGAGCAUCAGUGGAAGGCAAUGGUUGAGAAAAUCUAUUUAAAGCAGGGAAAGUUCAAGAAUUGCUUGGCUGUAUGUGACGUCUCAGCAAGGAUGAGUGGAUAUCCCAUGGAUAUGUCAAUCUCCUUGGGACUGUUGGUCUCUGAAUUGGGUGAAGAGCCAUGGAAAGGAAAGGUGAUCACUUUUAGUCGAAAUCCUCAGCUACAUUCAAUACAAGGCAGUGAUCUAAAGUCCAAGUACACAUUUAUGAGGACGAUGGAUAACCAGCAUUGGGACGGCGAUACUGAUUUUCAGAAGGUGUUUGAUUUAAUUCUUCAAGUGGCUGUGAAUGGGAAUUUGAAGCCAGAGCAAAUGAUCAAGAGGCUCUUUGUGUUCACCAGCGACCAAGACUUUGAUGAUGCUUCUUUCAAUAGCUGGGAGACUGACUAUGAGGCGAUACAGAGAAAGUUCAAGGAGAAAGGGAAUGGUGAUGUGGUGCCACGCAUACUGUUUUGGAAUCUGAAUGACAACGACAUGCCUAUACCAGUGGCGCAUGCUACAGAACAAGGUGUGGCGAGGUUGAGUGGCUUCUCCUAUAAUUUGGUCAAGUGCUUCUUGGAGAAUGAUGGGGAAAUUGGCCCCCAUCAUCUCAUGGAAAAAGACAUCUCUUGCUCGCAGUAUCAACGUCUGGCUGUAGUAGACUGA